AUGAACUCGUCCGAUGAGCGGUCGUUGUGGUCCCAAAAGAGUUCAAUGUCAAGCACAACGUCCUGCAUUGAGGAAGAACACGAGCCCGUCGAGGAAGAUGACGAAGAGGUACACUCAUUCAUUUUUUGUUCAAAAGAAAAAUGCAAAAUGCCGAGAGCGAACCAUUUGUCAAAAAGUAUGCCAUUUUCCUAAUAACACCAAUCUGUCGUCCAGGUCAAGAGCAAAAAAAGAUGAGACCAAAAAGAAAAAUGAGAAAAAGAUGCAAAGAAAAUGGUGGAGACCUAAUUCUCCCGUUGUGCUCCUCUUCUUUUCUCUUUUUCAACAGAGUGUAAAUGAGAAAUGUGCUCUUCCCUCGGGGCCUCCCGGGGCUCGGAGCUCCGACGUCUAAACGUUGAUAUCAUGCGCGUAGACUUUGGCCACUUUUUGGUGUCACAAAGUCGCUUAUAGUUUUGAAAAAUAACCACUUUCCCUUCCACGUUUUCAGCACUGGGAAAAUGCGAACUUGAAUUUACAAAAUAAGGAUUUGUCUGAAGAAGAAUGUUUAUAUUACAGAUGUACAAUCCGAGUGGAUGCACGUGGCAACUGCUUUCCGUCUCUCUUCACAGGGUACGUGUCUUUUCUCUUCUUUUUCGUUGAAAGUCCGAAUAACGGCACGGGCGUCUGAAUUUACGUCAUAAAAUUACCGAAGGCAAGGUUUUAGAAACAUGUCUAACGUUUAUUUUCUUCAAGAAAAGAUAAAGAUGUGUCGUAUACGGAAUAGUUUCACACAAUGUUUCCGUGCCGUUUUUCGUUCCAAACCUGUUCUUCUAAAAUGAUUUAUGACAAGUAUUGUGUACCUACAUUACGAAAACCGUUAUAUUUCUUUUCCUUCCUUUCUUCCUUCCUUCUUCCCUUCUUUCCUCCAUCACCCCCAAAAGAUCACGGCAGUAGCAGCAGCAGCCUCAGUGAAAAUGAGUGAUAUCUGGCGAAAAAGUGUGUGUCCCAUUCUCACGGCUCCUCCCCUCGUUUCUCCGUCUGUCUUCUCAUUAUGAGAACCUCCAUAGGUUGAUUUGAUAGAAUCACCGCUGUUUUCGAGGUGAUUCUUGCGGAAACAGAGCGGGAAAGAGCCAAUGGCUCUCGUCCCGCGAGAACAGCUGCUACCUCCUCAUCGUUCAGAGCUCCGGGAGCAGUAUCCAUCUUACUACACAUCGUGUGCACCGAGUGAAAGAGCGACCCGUCUCCUUCUGCCUCGCUAUCUUUCACAACUCCUCCUAUUCAAUUGAUGACUUAGUUCGCGUUUUUAGUAUAGAUACAAAACGUUUCCAACUAGAACAUUCUGAGAGAAUGGUCCUUCUCUCUCGAAACUUCUCUAUGCUGAUUCAGUAGGUCAAGAUCUUUUGCCCGGAAAUCCUGUCAUAAGCAAGAUUUGCGUCUCCCCCUCUCCACGAUCACUCGAUUUUUGUUGAUAUAAAAAUUAUCAAUGCGGUCUGGCUUCUCCUCUCCUCUCCGCAUGCGAACAAAGCAUAUAAAUCAUAAAUGCCCGAAGUUUGCCCACAUCUUGUCGAUUCAUUUUUUUUCUUCCUUUCCCGCGACCAAAUAGUCCUCCUCUCCUUCUUCUUAUCUUUCCGAGAAAAACUCAUGCCGCGAAUGUGUCAUCGUUCAAAAAUUGGUGAUUCCUUUCUCUCUCGAGUAGUAGUCGUUGUAAGACACGAAAAAGAAGAAGAAGAAGGAGAAGGAGAGGCGAUGCAACACGCCACCACAACAAUGGAUGGCUUAUGAAACUAUGAGAAAAACGAUGAAUUGGCUGCUGGGGAAUUGGGUGUCCUCUUGGGUGCCCUGCUCUCUCCUCGCACAAGUUUUGCAUAUCACCCUUCCCGAAAUGUAGCCGGGGCGGCCGGAGAGGGCGAAAGGGGGAGAGUGUGUGCCGAGCAGGGUUUGUGUUCCGAGACAGACCGGAUCUACAAAGUGUUUUGUUCCGCGACCCUUUCGGCUCUUUUUGACCAACUGAUUUGAUCUCAAACAAAACGUACACUUUUUUCUUUUCAGGCUGCAAACCUUGGGUUCGGCAUCGCGAUAUCCGGCGGUCGCGACAAUCCGCACUUCACAUCCGGCGAUCCGGUCGUUGUCAUUUCCGACGUGGUGUCUAACGGGCCAGCUUGGGGACUACUCCAGUAAGGCCAAUUCCCUCUUGGCUCUAUAAUUGCCUUUGAAAGUUUUCAGAGUCAAUGAUAGGAUUUUGUCGGCGAACAACGUCUCAUUCGAAAACAUUGACUACAACAGCGCGGUGGAUAUCAUCAAGAACAGAGAUCACAUUGAUAUGAUAGUGAAGAGACGAGUGGCAGUCCCGAUGCUCGAGUACGAACAGAGGACUCUCAAGUUCACGCUUUCCAAGUCGCGGAAGAAAGACGACUUUGGGAUUGUGGUCGGAUGCAAGUUCUACAUCAAAGAGAUCCGAAAUCCUAAGCUGGCGGAGAAGGAUCCAGGGUUGAGAGAGGGCGAUUCUGUGCUGAGAAUCAAUGGACAAAGCCUGGAUGGAGCAUCUUUGGAGGAAGUCAAUAAAUGGCUCGAGAGGUCGAGGGACAAACUGUGCCUCGUCAUUCAAAGGGACGUUCGACGAGGAACUUCAAGAUGGCCAUCACAAAAUACAGUGUACGAACGGGUGGGAAGUGUGGCCGCCACGCCACGUCACUCGCCCAGUCCGAUGCUCCCACACAUGCCCAUCACGCACAGAAACUCUCACGAAUACGUCAACUCUCCGAGACACCGCUCAGAUGGAAGUGUGGAGAGAAGAGUGUCCUCGCCCGCCAACUCACAGCUCUCCAACUUUGGAAUGGCUUCUUCCCAAAUAACUGCCUAUGGAAGUCAACAAGAGUAUGACUGUUAUGCCCGACAACCGUCCCGAUCUAUCGACGCGAAUGGAGUGGCCAAUGUGAUGUUUAGAAAAGUUGGCGGAAGCGUCGGAGUACGUGUGAUCGGAGGAAACGAUGUCGGAAUAUUCGUGUCAGCUGUAGCCGCCGACUCGCCCGCAGCCAUCCACGGAGUCGGUUGUGGAGAUCGUAUUCUGGAGGUGAACGGACGGAAUAUGAGAGGAGUGACUCGCGAAUCGGCUGUUCAACUACUUCUCGGACUGGAUGAUAGGGUUUCGCUGAAGUUGGAGCAUGCCAGAAACGAUUUCGAGCACGUGCGGGCUAACCAACUGGGAGACAAUUUCUACAUCAGAACUCACUUCUCAAGGGAAAAGAAGAACAGUCCGUUAGAAUUGACAAUCAACGAAGGAGACAUAUUCCACGUCACCGACACACUUUUCGGAGGAACUGUUGGAUUGUGGCAAGCAGCGAGAGUCUACUCGGCUUCUGAAAACAAGGGAGAACCGAUGAAAGGAGUGAUUCCUAAUCAGGCAACAGCAGAGCAGAUUGCCAAAGAAUUCCGGCUCUACAUGGAAGCCAAACAAGCGAAGAGCAGUGGAAGUGGAACACUUUUGAGGAGAAAGUUCGAGUCGAGGCGGACGAAGAGUCUUCCGAAGAAUAUGAUCUGCGAUCCGACAGAGCUGUCUGCUAAUAUCCCGCUACCGGCCUACGAAAGAGUGUCCCUGAACACCCCUUCCUUCCAUCGACCCGUCGUGCUCUUCGGUCCUCUGGCUGAUAUUGCUCGCCAUCAGAUGCUCACCCAGUUCUCUGCACGGUUUGCUGCUCCGGAAAGCGAUGGAGGAGUCAUACGUUUGAGUUCUGUAGAUCAUGUGAUCGCCUCAAUGAAGCACUGCGUUUUGGAUAUAAGCAUUGAAUCUGUGGAACGACUUCAACUGGCACAAUACGCACCGAUCGUUGUGUUCCUCGAUGUGGAUGGAAGAUCGAAGAUCCGAGAGAUUCGGAAGAAGUGCAAUGCUCCACAUCUCUCGUCGAGGAAGCUGGCUGAACACGCGAACCAGAUCAAGAAGCAUCAUUCUCACUUGCUCUCGGCUACCAUUGAUGCGACCCACGAGUCCGGAUGGUUUGAUGCUCUACGUGAGCUCAUUGUCCAUCUGCAACAGCGAAGACUCUGGAUGCCUGAGUUCCCACCGAAUCUGCCAUUGGAAGACGUGCUGCUCUUCCCUCUUCCCAAGUAUGAUGGUGAUGUGGAUUCGCUGAAGAGUGAGUAUGUCGAAUACAAUGACAGUUUGCCAAGGAAGCCGGAAAAGACCAAGUUUAACUGGGACAGCAGCAUCGCUUCUUCCAUCGGACCUCUUCCUCCUGAGGCCCCUGGCGAGCCACGUGACUUCUCAACCAUGCCACGUCAACAGAAUCAUCUGGAGCAACCUAGCAGCAAUAGAGGAUCGACCCAUUCCAAUUCACAAAACGUUUCCACUUUUGUGACUACGCCCUCCUCCGCAAGGCCAAUAACUACUCCGGCUCGAGAUGAAUCAGGGCAGCCUCCAUCAAGAACAACGACACCGCACGGAUAUUAUCAUGUCAAACAGGUGAGCAUUGAUAGUAAUAGUGAAAGGCUGCAUGUACCGCCUGAGUAUUGUCUAGUACCGUAUCGUUCAGCUUCUCGACGAUGACUCGCUCUAUCAAGAUGCACGUUUGGCGAAUGAAAUCGCGAAUGCACGACUGAGAGAAGAGGCAAAACUUCGCGAGGAACGGCGGCAAAGAAUCGAGGUGUUGUAUUGUUUUACAUUGCAUGCAUUCAGAAUUCAAGAAUGUCGAAUUGGAAUGAACAAUAUGAUGAUUUUCAGCAGUCACCAUCCACUCUGCCUCACCGUCUCGACAACACGACUCCAAGCAACUUUGACUUCCCUCACUGUCAGUUUGUUUUAGAUUGUCUUCUGUUCUUCUGUUAAUUCCUGAAUUUCAGUACCAACCAACGGAACCGCGUCGAAUCCUUCCAAUAGAUAUCAUCCGCUCACCCCAUCCAGCAUGACGUCAUCCUCAUCCGGCGCUUCUCGAACAGUGCAUCAAACUCAGACUCAAACCCCGCCCCCACGUCCAGCUCUCGCACCGAAUCCGUACACCCACAGUUACAUCAGAAACAAGUGGAAUGAUAGUGGAUUGGUGGAUGCGAGAGGGGAAAACGACGAACCGCCCGCAGUUCCGGCAAGAACGAACGGGAGCGCUUCUCCGGCGAACGCCAGCAGUAUCUCAUUGACCGUUUCGAAUGUUCCGAACGGAUCUUCGAAGUCGCCGACGCCAAGACUGGAUGAGAACGAGAACGGAAAACCGACGGAAGAAGAGGAGCCGACUGUGGUGGAGGAGAGUACUGCGCUGGUUGGAAGUCAAGGAGGAGUGAUCCGAUGUGAGCACUCGAACGUCGAGCUGAGGAUACCCGCGGGAGCCAUUCGGGAAGGAGAACAGCACGAGAUUUACGUCAAGGUGUGUCGAGAAGGAGAAUCGUCGCCGAUCGACAGAUCCAAAGGGGAAACUCUCCUGUCGCCACUCGUCAUGUGCGGACCACAAGGUAAUCACUAAAAAAGUGUGUCACCUCAUUUUUUAAUUCUGUUUCCUUCUAACAUUUGAAAUGAUGCGGAACCCUUUUGCCGCCUAGAAGCUUGAUGUAAACGUUUUACCUUUCCAGGCCUCAAAUUCGAGAAGCAAUGCGAGCUCCGAAUGCCACACACGGGAGCGAUAAACAGCGACUCGGACGGUCAAUGGUCGUUCUCUCUGAAGACGGGAGAGGGCGGAGAGUGGAAGCACAUGGAAAUUGAGCAGCAGGCGAAUGCCAAUCAGGAUCAGUUCCUCACAGUCCCGAUUAAUCACUUCUAG